AUGGGUAAAGAUUAUUAUGCUAUUCUCGGUAUUCCAAGAGACGCAGAUGAUGAGACUAUUAAGAAAGCAUAUCGUAAAUUAGCAUUAAAAUGGCAUCCUGAUAGAAAUAAAGAUAAAUCUGAAGUAGCUAAUGCAAAAUUCCAAGAAAUUGGUGAAGCAUAUGAAGUAUUAAGCGAUAAAAAUAAGCGAGCCAUCUUUGAUCAAUAUGGUGAAGAAGGAUUAAAAGGUCGCGGUCCAAUGCCGGAAGAGGGUGGUGCUGGAGGUUUUCCUGGAGGAGGCGCUGCUGGGGGAUUCCCUGGAGGCGGCACCUUCCAUUUCACAUCAACUGGUCCAGGUGGUGGAUUUCAUCCUUCUGAUGCUGAAGAUAUUUUCAAACACUUCUUUGCCUCAUUCGGUGGAGGCAUGGGAGGCAUGGGAGGUAUGGAUGAUAUGCCUGGUGGCUUCUCAUUUUCAAGCAGCACUGGUGGCGGUAUGCCCGGUGGUAUGCCUGGUGGUGGCAGUAGUCGUCGUUUUAGACAGCAACAACAACAUCAACGACAAUCUCACUUUGGAGAACCUGAAAAGCCUCCUGCCAUUAAGCGUCCUCUUCCCAUUUCAUUAGAAGAUCUUUAUAAAGGUGUAGUAAAGCGUUUGAAGGUGACUCGUAAAUUACGUGAUGGCGCUACAGGUCGUCCUGUGACAACAGAUAAAAUUUUAACAAUCAAUGUAAAACCUGGUUGGAAGGCGGGUACAAAGAUUAGGUUUCCUGGUGAAGGCGAUGAAUUAGAAAAUGGCCAAACUCAAGAUAUUGAAUUUGUUGUUGAGGAGAAACCUCAUAGUGUAUAUAAACGUGAAGGUGAUAAUUUACGUAUUACCAUUCAACUUACAUUAGUCGAAGCUUUAACUGGAUUUCAUAAGACAAUUAAGACUCUUGAUGAUCGUACUUUAAGUGUCAAUAAUACCAAAUCAGUGGUUCAUUCUGGUCAAGAGUCUCGUGUACCUAAUGAGGGUAUGCCUAACUCAAAGACAGGUAGAAAAGGUGACUUACUUAUUACUUAUGAAGUGAAGUUCCCUACUUCAUUAACUGAUGCUCAAAAGGAAGCUAUCAAGAAAGCCCUAUCUUAA